AUGUUCCCUCUCCAACCAGAUCCUCCAUCCACACCCUCGGUACACUGCUGGUGCUCCAGCUACCCAAAUCUGACAUUUUGCUCCUGGCCUGAACCUUCCCCAUCCCCUCCAACACACUACAUCGCCACUUACAGUGAGAGACACAGUCAGGCAGACCCCAAGCAUUGCCAUCUCAUCCCGCCUGGAUCUUUGUCUGCUCACACGGCUGGACUUUCAUCAUCAUCAAACUCUGAGCAGCUUUGGCAUUGCCACCUGCCCAGCCUGAAACUUCUCACUGACUACAUUAUCAACAUCACUGCAGUGUAUUCUGGUGGAAGCAGCUCUCAUCUGACAAAUUUUAUGCUGGAGGAUAUAGUGAAGCCAGAGUCCCCCGUAGAUGUCCGGGUUUCUUCCAAAAAUGCCAAAGACUUGUUGGUGGAAUGGUCUCCUCCCCCCACAUGGACAAGCCUGGACAUCUUCCCCCUGAAGUACCACAUACGGUACCAGUGGGACCACAGGGGCACCCCUAAGUCUGUCAGUCUGGGCCCAUUUGAGAACACCAAGAUCGAGCUGAAGGCGCUGGUGCCCGGCCGGGCCUACCUGUUCCAGGUGUGUGCUAAGGAGCUGCUGGGUCUGGGCCAGUGCAGCGACUGGAGUUCACCUGUCAAUUUCACAAUACCAAAAACCAAACCAUAA